UAUCUUGCACAACAUGCUCUCUUGGUUUACCUUAGCUUCUAUCUUGCUUUUGUUUACAGCAAUUCCAUUAGAAGCCAAUACCAACCAAAAAAAAAGUGGAGAUCUCAAUCUCACAAUGCCUUUUGAUUUCCGCACUAUUGGAAAAGGAAGUGGAUCUUCUCUAGGUAACCACUGGCUUGACAUAUUAUGUAGCAGCACUACUUUUGAGGCAGAGAUACAAGCUUCUUCAUCUACCAAGGUACGCGUAAAUAACUCCAGUUACGCUUAUACAAAUUACAGCUGCUACAGCGGAGCUGGAGUGAAGAUGUUGCACUCUACCAAGGUCCAUGCUGCAAUGACUUUGACAGAUGACAGCCAGAUGGUUACAACCUCCAACACUAAUGCAAAUAAAUUUACACUCAUAGGUUAUGAACCAUUUGGUUUUAUAGGUCAUGAAACAUUAACUUUGAACAUCAAUAGCACUCUGGCUGACCAGGAGGAUGGGGCUAUUUCUAGUAUUGGUUGUGGCCAAUCCUCAAUUCCAAGAGGCAUCGAGUACUAUUUUGCGAAGGAGGCAGAGAGUAUAAUAAACUUAACUUUAUUAUCCAUGUAUUUCUGGUUUACCAUGAAACUUAAGUCCAGCCUCAUCUUUCCUUUGUCCAUGGUAGCAAACAUCAGUGGUGCGCGACAGCCAUACUACGAAAAACUAGCUAUCCUUCACAACUCUGGUAAACAAUCUGUACAUUCUCUCAUCGAAGUUGGCACACAUGAUAAAUUGGUGUACCGCAUGAAAAGUGGUAGAGGUCACCUUCCACGCAGCAAAGUCUUUAGGGCAAAUUUUACUCUAGGUCUUGGCUUUUGUUGCUUAUUUCUUGUGUUUGGGAUCACUGGGAUCUAUUCCAGUGUGAAGAAACAGAAGUUGGUUAAGCAAAAAUCCUACUUCUUCCAGAAAAAUGGAGGGUUAUUGUUAGAGCAGCAUAUUAAUGCUUCAACCAGAAGAUGUACAACAAUCUUUACAUCCAAGGAGCUAGAAAUGACCAUCAACUGUCAUAAGAAGAUUCACAUAUUUGUUCCAGGAGAUAAUGGAGUCGAUCAUUUCAUAAAUGAGAUUAUCGCUCUUACCCAAAUCAACCAUCAAAAUGUGGUCAAGUUGUUGGGUUGCUGUCUGGAGACUGAAGCUCCCAUACUGGUACAUGAACUCGCCUCUAAUGGGACCCUUUUCGACUACAUUCAUCAUACCAAUGGGAAAAGUUCAUUGCCUUGGGAUACUCUUCUAAAGAUAGCCUCAGAAUCAGCAGCUGCCCUUUCUUAUCUGCAUUCUGCAUCAAUCAUCCAUGGAAAUGUCAAGUCUUCCAACAUAUUGUUAACUCAUUGUUUUGUGGCCAAAGUCAUCGGUUUUGGACCUUCGAGGUUAGUCCCUAGUAAUGAAUCACAGAUAAGCACAUUGGUUCGGAGGACACUAGGCUAUCUAGACCCGGAGUAUUUUCAUAAAGGCCAAUUGACAGAUAAGAGCGAUGUUUACAGCUUUGGAAUGGUUUUGUUAGAGAUUGUAACAGGAGAGAAGCCAAUAUCAUUUGGUAGACCAGAAAGUCAAAGAAUCAUGUCCUCCCAUUUUGUAUCGUCCAUGGAGUUACAAAGUGGUCUGUUUGAUCAGAUUGUUGGGUCACAAGUCAUAAAACAGGGACACAGAGAACAAGUCAGAGCAGUAGCUGAGCUUGCAAAGAGAUGCCUCAGUUUGAGUAGUGCAGAAAGACCUGCUAUGGAAGAAGUGGCCAGGAAGUUGAAAAUGUUGAGUUGAACCACCCCUACCCAGCUAUCUCAUAUAGCUCAGACAGUUACUUUGUUACA